AUGGCGGUAGCUGCAUCGGUAGCAGCUGCAAACAAACAUACUAGUAAUAGUAAGAAUAUGUCAGAGUUUAGAUACAAUUCAAUCACUUCACCGCACACUGAUAUACCAACAUCGACAUCAACAUCAAUCACAGACCCAUCAACCAACCUAUCAACUAGUCCAUUAAAUUCACCUCCAUUAUCACCAUCACAAUCACCAAAUAAUAGUUGGAGUGAUUAUAAACAAUUUAAAGAUAUAAUCAAACCUUCUUCAACGUCUUCAACGUCAACAACUCCAACUUCAACAUUAUUAAAAAAUACAAAUAUAACAAGAAAAUCAACAACAAGUGGAAACAAUUCAACCAAAGAUCGUCUAAGUAAAUUUGUAUUGCAUCUUGCAAUUAGUGACUUUUUGGCAGCACUCUUUGUACUAGUGUCACGUAUCAUGUUGGCUAAAUUUGACAAUGACUUUAUUAAAUCACCUGAUCGAGUAGUUAGAAACCCUGGUCUUUCAUUUUGUACUCUAAGUUCUGGAUUGGUUGGAUUCGCAUUCUUGUCUUCUCUUUUAUGGACAUUAUCAAUUUCAAUUAAUAUUUAUCGUUUAUUUUCAAAUUUUAAAAAGAGAUCAUUUUAUAUUUAUUAUGUAGUUUGUUGGAUAAUACCAUUCUUAUUUGGAAUUGGAAUGAUGGCAACAUCAGAUAUAACAACAGAGGAUGAAUUAUCGUGGUGUACAAUCAAUCGAUUAUCAAUGUUGUUUUUAUUCUAUAUUCCAAUGGUUGGUUCAGUUAUAUUAUCAAUUAUUUUCACAUUUAAAAUUAAAUCUAGGUUCAAAACAUUAAGUUUAUCUUUAUCAAAGGUUACAAUUACAAAUUUAAAGACAAAGAUUAUAAAUAGAUUAAAUUUAUUUACCAUUGUAUUUAUUAUUUGUUGGAGUAUGAGUAUUAUCAAUUUUGGAGCAAUGUUGAUCAACAAAUGCCAAAACUAUUAUCUUGGGUUUUUUGCUAUAUCACUUUCACCUUUGCAAGGAUUCCUCAACUUUUUAUGUUAUGCAUACUCUAAUUUGGAUAUUAUACGUGCAUUAUUCACUUCAAUCAAACAACAAUACUUUGUAAAAUCACAACAGAAAAAAGAAAAUACCUCAAGACCACCAAUGGUCCACAACGAUUCAUUCCACAGUCUAUCGAGUAGUACUGGAGGUUCAAUAAGAAAUUUUGCAAAGUUUAAUUUAUUUUCAAAGACUCCCUCCAAUUUAAACUCAUUAGAAACAGAAACAACAUCCCUACUUUCAAAUUCUUAUAAUAAUAAUAACAAUAGUAAUAAUCCAUCAGCUUCUUCAUCCUUUGAUCAAACAAAUCUAUUGUCUGAAGGACAGGAAUUAAAGAAUGGAAUUAAUUAA